AUGACGGGGCUCUUUCUAUCUCCCGACUCAUUUCUGAAGUCGAGUACGCCUUACUUGACUUGUAAAAAGAAAGGCUACCGAGACGCCCAAUCCCUGCCAUCGCCUUCCACCUUAAGCGCACCCCUUCUUAUUCCCUUCAUACGGAGAACCCGAUCGGAUCUUUCCCGAAGCGAACCUCCGUCGCAUCACACGCGAGCCAACGGGCUGAAAAGCCGCCGUCACAUCCAUUCUGAACACAACUCGGACUUCUUCUGCUUCAUUCCUAAGCUUCUCAUCCUCAACAAGCCUCACUCAUCAUAG